CGAGCACAAAGGAAAGUCUCGCCGCACACGCGCGCACGGAGGACCUGGCCGACUACACCUCCCAAGAAGCACCGGGCCGAACCUCUCUCCAUUUUGCUGUCCCGGCGGACGGUGAAGGAGGAGCGCCCCCUCAGCAGGGGGUUGCCAUGGAGACGCGGGCUGACGGCGUCCUAGCGAGGGCAGUGAUUGGUGCAGAACCCUGCCCCCGGAAGGCCCGUAGAGAAUUGAGGGAAACGUGGUGGGGGGCAUGCGCGUUUUGGAAGGCUGUGCUGGUGUCGGUUGCCCCCUGAGAAGCUUGCGCACGUUGACGGGGGCCCAGAGGCCUGGAUCUGAGGCCGGGAGCGCGGGAAGAGGCGGCGGGAAUGUGACCUGAUCGUUGUGAACAACGCUACCCCGGGGAACAGGGGGAGAAGGGUGGAAACAGAGGCGAGGGUGGGGGAAGGGCAAGGAGGCGCUCGGGCUGGUGCGUGGAGCAUUCUGGGAGACAUAGUUCGGCCGGGGAGGGGAAGUCGGCAAUUGCGCAUGCUCAGCAGCGCGGAGCGACCUGCUGAGCGCCGAGGUGAGGGCCGGAGCCUCUCGACUGGGAAGGCUCGGGCGGGGUCCAGGGCAGCGGCUGCGGACUCGUGGAUUCUGGCUGCCCAGCGGGACCAGUAUCGCGGGGCAGGGACCUGGGUACUAUGCACGCAGGCCCGGUGCUGUCGCGCGAGGCUCGUCAAUCACUGCGUAUUGCCAUGGUGACAGGCUCUGGGAGCCCCGCCUCCUGGUUGCCAUGGCGGCACCAGGACCUGCCGGGGCUCCCUCGCGGGGAAGUUGCCUGCCAAGAUUUCUGGUAAAUGUAGUUCAGGAACCUCCACAGGUGCGGGCCGGCUUGGCGAAGCUUUCUCCCAGGAUUUCAGGAUGACCUGGAAUCGAGGAGCAGAGGCUCCUGGUGCAGUGGUCUCAGGGCCUUUGUGCGCCCCCUGGAAACUCCCCAUCACCUUUUAGCAGCAUUUAAAAUCAGGAAGCUGAAGAAAUGAUGGGACGUUGUGUGGUGUGAAAAGUUGGGUUCAGAGGAUGGGGCUGAAUGGGGGGAAGAUGCUGCCUGGGGGCUGGGACACACAGACGACCUUGCACAGGUGGAGAAGAGGGGAACAGGUGGAGAUAGGCUGCCCUGUGGAACCAAGCUGGGAGGGGAAUAGUCUGAAGGACUGGGAGGGAGAAUGGAUAGUGUAGUGAUGGGCUGGUGUUAGAAGUGGGGAGUAGUGGUACUGAUGCCCAGGUGGUGGUGUUGUAGGUGUCAUUCACCUAUAGGGUAGGGAUGAAGUGGUAUGAACAGAAGAAGAGCAGGAUUUAAGGGAGAGCGAAGGUAUCUUCUGGACCUAAAAAGCAGCCUGUGUUUGGAACGGGACUACCAGAGACUGCAUAGGCCUAGCUAGAGACCAAGGAUACGAGUGAUUCAUUGAGGGCUUAACAGCCCCACAGCUCCCUGGCAUGUGAGCACCUCUCUAUGCCUCAGUUUCCUCAUAUUCCUUUCACUCAGGGUAACUCUGAGGAUCAAACAGCACAACAUACAGUAGCCACUCAAUAAGUAUUCGUUGCCACUGUUUGUUCUCAUCUUAGCAGCCUCUUCCCAUUCUUCCCCCAGGGGCAGACACUGGUCUCAGAGGUCCAGCCCGGUCUUUCCAAUGAGGCCCGCAGCACUGGGAUCCCCAGGCCAUGCACCCCCGGAACACGAGGGACCUGUCAUGGUGAAGCUGGAGGACUCUGAGGAGGACGGUGAGGCAGCCCCAUGGGAUCCUGGCCCGGAAGCUGCACGCCAGCGUUUCCGGCACUUCCGAUACGAGGAGACAAUGGGUCCCCGAGAGGCCCUGGCCCGGCUCAGGGAGCUGUGCCGCCAGUGGCUACGGCCCGAGGUGCGCUCCAAGGAGCAGAUGCUGGAGCUGCUGGUGCUGGAGCAGUUCCUGGGCACACUGCCCCCUGAGAUCCAGGCCCGCAUGCGGGGACAGAGGCCAGGCAGCCCUGAGGAGGCUGCUGCCCUGGUCGAGGAGCUGCGCCCAGAGCCGGGAGGGCCCCGGAGAUGGGUCACAGUUCAAGUGCAGGGCCAGGAGGUGCUAUCAGAGAAGAUGGAGCCCUCUGACUUCCAGCCCCUCCCUCAAACCAAGCCUCGGACUCCAGAACCUGGGCCUGAGAUACCCCCUGGGGCCACGCGGGAGUCGCCACUGGGCCUUCAGGUGAAAGAGGAGCCCGAGGUUACAGAGAACCCAGAGCUUCUGGCUUCUGGGCCUCUAGCCAACCCCGAGGAGGCCCCUUCCACUUUCCUGCCUGAGGAGGCCCAGGGCUGUAGGAUCGUGCUAGAACAGGUCCCUCCCCAGAGCGAGACUGGGCCUGAGGGGCCCUCAUGGAGGGAGCACCCUGGAGCCCUGUGGCAGGAGGAACGUGGAGGAGUCUUCUCCCCAGGGUUCGCACUCCCGAUGGACAACGUCUCUGCUGGCCCAGUCACUGUGAGCCCCCACCUCCACAUUCCCUGGCACCUCGGGGUACCCGACCUUACUAGCCGACUCCGGUCACCCUGCCGAGAAAGUAGUUUCUCGCACGCGCUCGUCCUCCACAGUGACCCGGGAGGUGAGCAAGAUCUCACGGGCGAGGAUCCCCGCCAAAGCGUGGGCCCAAUGCUGGCCACCGCCCGCUGGCGCGCCCCCAGGGGUCGGAGCCGGGGCAGGGGUCGGCCCAGUACAGGCGCCGGGACCGUGCGAGGUGGCCGCUGCGACGUAUGCGGGAAGGUGUUCAGCCAACGCAGCAACCUGCUGAGGCACCAGAAGAUACACACGGGAGAGCGGCCAUUCGUGUGUGGCGAGUGCGGCCGCAGCUUCAGCCGCAGCUCACACCUGCUGCGCCACCAGCUCACGCACACCGAAGAACGUCCGUUCGUGUGCGGCGACUGCGGCCAGGGCUUCGUGCGCAGCGCACGCCUGGAGGAGCACCGACGCGUGCACACGGGCGAGCAGCCCUUUCGUUGCGCUGAGUGCGGCCAGAGCUUCCGGCAGCGCUCCAACCUGCUGCAGCACCAGCGCAUCCACGGUGACCCCCCGGGUCCCGGUGCUGCGCCCCCCACACCUCCCGGAGCGCCCGAGCCCCCAGGCCCCUUCCCGUGCAGUGAGUGCCGCGAGAGCUUCGCGCGGCGCGCCGUGCUGCUGGAGCACCAGGCGGUGCACACCGGCGACAAGUCCUUUGGCUGCGUGGAGUGCGGCGAGCGCUUCGGCCGCCGCUCGGUGCUGCUGCAGCACCGGCGCGUACACAGCGGCGAGCGGCCCUUCGCCUGCGCCGAGUGUGGCCAGAGCUUCCGGCAGCGCUCCAACCUCACGCAGCACCGGCGCAUCCACACGGGCGAGCGGCCCUUCGCCUGCGCCGAGUGCGGCAAGGCCUUCCGCCAGCGGCCCACGCUCACGCAGCACCUGCGCGUGCACACGGGCGAGAAGCCCUUCGCCUGCCCCGAGUGCGGCCAGCGCUUCAGCCAGCGUCUCAAGCUCACGCGCCACCAGCGGACACACACCGGCGAGAAGCCGUACCACUGCAGCGAGUGCGGCCUGGGCUUCACGCAAGUCUCACGGCUUACCGAGCACCAGCGCAUCCACACGGGCGAGCGGCCCUUCACCUGCCCUGAGUGCGGCCAAAGCUUCCGGCAGCACGCCAAUCUCACGCAGCACCGGCGCAUCCACACGGGCGAACGGCCCUAUGCCUGCCCCGAGUGCGGCAAGGCCUUCCGCCAGCGGCCCACGCUCACGCAGCACCUGCGCACCCACCGGCGCGAGAAGCCCUUCGCCUGCCAGGACUGUGGCCGCCGCUUCCACCAAAGCACCAAGCUCAUCCAGCACCAGCACGUCCACAAUGCGGAGUAGCUAGUGUUCACUAGACCCCCUCUCUGCUCCACCUUGGUCCUGUGUGUGGGAGCGGGCAGAACACAUACCUCACAGGGUUGUUGUGAGGCCUGCAAUCGCUUCGGUACGAGCAGACCCGCCCAGGGCCUGACCCCCUAGUAGGUGCUCAAUAAACAUUAGAUGGAACCUG